CGUUACAAUGUAUGUAACGUGCAGACGACUUUAGCUAUUUAUCGUCUGGUGUUCGCGUGGCAGUUCUGUUGAAGAUGUUGCGCUUUGAUUACAAUGAAUGACUCAUGCUACGUCAGACGAUGGCAUUAAAAGAAGAUUAAAAAAAUAUUUGAUGUGUGAAUUAACUUGUACAUGUGCUUUUUAGUGUAAAUGUAGUGUAUGCAUGGAGUAUUUUAUUUAUUAAUCUAUAAUCUUUGAAAAAUCAAUUUAUGUACAGGAUAAAAACGGCGCGUCAGUUUCCGGAUGAUGUUGACAAGUAUAGUAUUUGUGUAAACAAACAGAAGAUGACACUUAGGAGCGAUGACACUAUUUAAUAAACAAAACAUUAUACUUACUUCGAAUUAACAUCUGUGUCAAAGGGGCUGACUCCGGAAACCUUCUUUAUUGUUCUUCCACUGACAAUUAGCUUAUCAGAGUGUACAGGAAAUAAUGUUUUCUCAUUGGUUAAUUAUUAAUCCAAGCAUAACGUAAACUACAGAUGUGUUUAAAGCAUCUUCAAAAAAGAUAAACAAUAAUUUCUAGGAUUAUAAGUAAUCAGUUUAUUAAAAUCGGGGUCAGUAGGUAAUAUAACACCCGCUGAGAAAGUUCGUAAACCAGAUAAACGGAUUUACGCUUUAUUACAUUAAUUCAGCAUCUGAAUUUCAUAGGGAUUGGAAGUGUGUUGUCUAUAUGUGAUAUAAUUAAAAUGAACUUGUUGGAUUUUCUGUGUUCUUACCAUUCCGUUCGGACUAAACGUGUUGUAAGUCCAGUUUCUGUGACUUCAGGGACCAACUCUCAUCGUACAGGUUGUGCAUAUUCUUCGUCCAAGAUGUAUAUUUCAUGCAGUAAUUUAUUUAGUGUAACUAUAGUUAUAUGUGUGAUAUUAUGUAGUAUAUUUCCAUGUUUGACGGGUUCUCCUACAAAACAAGAUCAGGCAUCAACACAGGCAUUGGAUUAUUUCAGCCGGUUUGGGUAUUUAGAAGGUCCAUCUAGUGAAACAGGUAACCUCAUGAACCCGGCAGAAUUUCCAAAAGCCAUUAGGAACUUCCAGCAAUUCGCCGGUAUCCCCGAGACUGGUGUUCUAGACCAACGUACCAAAGAAUGGCUUCAGAAACCUCGAUGUGGCAACAAAGACACUGUUAUAGACUCAGAAGAACGCAUGCGUCGUUACGUAUUGGCACCAUCUAAGUGGGACAAAAAAGAUCUUACGUAUAGAAUUACCAAUUACACUCCUGAUUUACCUCAAAGCACAGUAAGACGUGCAAUAACCGAGGCGUUCAAGGUAUGGGAAGGUGUGACAGACCUUCGGUUUACAGAAGUUGGAGGUGGAGAUGCCGAUAUCAUUAUACAGUUCGCCAGACUAUAUCAUCAAGAUGGUUAUCCUUUCGAUGGCAAAGGUUUAGUUUUAGCCCAUGCCUUUUUCCCAGGUUCAGAUAAAGGCGGUGACACCCAUUUUGAUGAUGACGAGACAUGGACUUUCAACUCAGAUUCUGAUGGCGUGGACUUGUUUAUGGUAGCAGCCCACGAGUUUGGUCACGCCUUAGGUCUCAGCCAUAGCAACCAGCCUGGAGCACUCAUGUAUCCAUGGUAUCAAGGUUACAUUCCAAAUUUUAGACUUCCACAUGACGAUAUCCAAGGGAUUCAGACUCUUUAUGGUGGCAAAUCUGGCUAUAGACCACCACCAAAAGACAGACCAACGCACAAAGACAGACCCAUCACUCCUCGAUACCAGCCUCAACCAACAACACCUAGACCACGUCAAACGACAAGGAGACCACAUGUUGAUGGGACCACUAUUAACCCAUGUGAACAUGCGUUUGAAGCAAUUGCAGUUCUUCGUCAAGAAGUUUUCUUAUUCAUGGGUCAGACAUUCUGGCGGUUAGAUUCACGAGGUAUUAUCCAAGGCAAGCCAACAGAGAUUCAUUCCUUCUGGUAUGGUUUUCCCGCCACAGCUGACCACGUUGACGCAGUUUUUGAGCGGAAGAGCGACGGAAGGAUUUUAUUUUUCUUAGGCGACAAGUUCUGGACAUUCAAUGGCAACAGUCUUAUACCAGGUCACCCAAAGACCGGCAUACCUCUCACAGAACUAGGCCUUCCAGCAGACGUCAAGAAAAUCGAUGCAGUUUUUGUUUGGGGUUUCAACAACAGGACCUAUAUUAUUAGUGGUGACAUGUAUUGGAAGCUCAACGAGAAGAACGACUAUAUAGAACCAGACUACCCACGUGACAUGAGCAUCUGGCGGAAGGUUCCGGUUCCGUUGGAUUCUGCGUUUAAAUAUUGGGAUGGUAAAACGUAUUUUUUCAAAGGACAAUUUUAUUACCAGUUCAACGACAAGAAGAUGAGAGUGCAGAAGGGUUAUCCAAAGUUGAUUAAGAAACAUUGGUUGGGUUGUGACACUUAUGACAAAAACUCUUACCAGUCAGUCAAAGCUAUUAAAUCACCAGGCAGUGGUAGUGACAGUUUAUUCCCAUCAUUAACAAUAAUUUUAACACUUAUUAUGUCAGUAAGUUCAUUCUACCAUUAAUGUUUGUUGGAAUUAUAAACUUAGUGCUACUGAAAUAACAUGAACAACAUGUGCUUGGUCAACAUGCAUUUGGUUAAUGGUGCUAAUUAUUGAUUUAUUCAUGCUAUUCUUUGCAUAUUUUUUUUGCAAAGGAGAUAGAUACUCGAACGAUUGAUUUGUUUGGUGUAUUGUGGAUAUCAGAUUGAGUAUGAUACCGGUGAUUUAUGAAUUAGAAUGAAAAUGUUUGUUGUCAAAAAGGUUCCCCUUUUUUAAAAUCAAAAUACUGUGAUGUAGACUCAUAGUUUGUUGGCAUUAUGUAUGAUAGAGCAAACUCCCACCCGGAGAGGGUAAAACUCGGUUAUGGUUCCUGGUUAUACUUGAAGUAAAAUGCUCGGCAAGCCUCGCAUUUUAAAAUUAGAAAAAUCGAAUAUCUCGAUUGGAUACAUUUCGUAAUCAACGGGACAGUGUAGUAGAAUCUAUUAUGUCUUAUAGUAUUAGUAAUGUAGCAAAAACUUGGUUAUUGAACUUAAGUUAUUUUAUAUACAUGCAAACAUUUUUCGGUAAAAUUUCUAAAGGAAUAAUCUUUGAUAUGAAACUGAGAGACAAAUGAAAGUCGUCAUUACUAAACUUAGUAUUAAUGGCUAAAAACUAGGUCAGUAGAAACCAAUCAUCAUUUUGGCCAUCACUUAGUAAUAAAUUGAGUUAGUUAUAAACGAGUUUUACCAUAUUUUGCUUGUAAUUUGCUUAUUAUUUAUAAUUUAUAAUGUAUGAAAGUUAUGCAAGUGUUUUUGUAUAUGUGACUAUUUAUGUUACGUGGGUAAUAAUUGUAUGCUUCCGAAUAUGGAUGAAUGCCAAGGCAAAUUGGUGCACAUAUUAUAUAUGUAAGACAUUUACUAUCAAUCAUGAUAUUGGUUAAGACUUAAUUAUCUCAUUGUAAUGUGAACUUUGCAUGUUACAGACCAAUUGCCCCAGACAUUUUCCCUUAUAUCUAGACAUUAUAUGAAUAAUAAAUUGACCAGGAUCAUGUCCAAUCAUAUAUAAUAUGGUAUAACAUUUAUAGUAAUCGAUACAAAUAUUUAUUGCUGUAUCAUAUUUUUAAAAAGGUUACAGUAAUAAACAUUACAAAAUUGUCCUGAUAAACAUUUCAAAAUUGUCCUGAUAAACAUUUCAAAACUGUCCCCUUAAAAGGUCCUAUAACAAUAAAACAAUUAUUUUCAUGAAUUUAGAAUUUGACAUGUAUCCUGUUACAACCAAUUUGAUAAUCAACAUGUCUAUUGUACAAAUAUUGGAAGUUACAGAAAUAACCAUGAUUGGAGGCAAAACAAAACAUCCUGCAACAGUCGAAUCUAAUUAACCAACUCUUGGUUAUUAAAAUGUUUGACAAGAUCAGCCAUUUGAUUUCGUAUCAUGUAAAAUUGAUACAAAUGACAGUAUUGUUAUUUCAAGGGGAUUUUUGAAAAAUGUCACUAUUGCAGGAUUCUCUGAAUUGACUAAAAUUUAAUAUUUUUGAAAAAUUUCUUGGUGAAAAUGUCCUGUUUUGUGUUAAUUGUGUUUUGGGUAGCUGUUUCAUACCCAAUAUUUAUGCACUACAUCUCCCUAUUUUAUAAAUAAUGAAGAUAAUUUAAAUAUUGUUUUAUCAUUUGAAAAAAAUAAAUAAAAAAAAAAUUGUGAUACUAUUGAAAAUUUUGUACAAGAUAUUCUUCCCUUGCAUUAAGUAUGUUAUCAAAUGAUUUAUAUCAAUAUAAUCAAAGUACUUGCGGAAUGCUCCAAACAGCUAAUAUUAAGUUUUUAUCAAUAUUGAUAAACCAAGCAGAAAAUAUCUGCAUCUUAAUUACUUUGUACAAAUCGAUACAACCCCACAAAAUUGUUCAAAAUUGUCAGAUAAUAUUAAUUAUUUUAUGUGUGAGGAGUUAAAGUCUUGUUGCCAUGGACUAACAUAGAAGGAUAUUUUAAAAACAAAAUUUUCCUUAAGAUUAGUUGGAAUACUCAUUUGCCUGGUUUCACUUUAAGUGAAUAUCCUGAAAUUAAAUCAAAUUUCUAGACUUAAUGAUUUUUUACUGAAAACAAAGUCACUAGACUAGUAUGCGAUUUACUAAGAAUUAUCACCUAGUCCCUCUACUCAAAAUACCUAUAUUCAGAGUUACGAUGCUUUUUGUGCACAUUUGAAGAAAUUAUACUUAUUUACUUGUUUUCCCGUAUGGUUUUGAUACCACAAUAUAAUUUUACGUAUGCUAUUUAAAAGUAGUAAAAUGUUGAUGCAUAUACUCAACAAGACAUUAAUACUCGUGCAUAACAAUUAUAGAUAUUGUAAAACAUCUAUAUCAUUCAUUCAAUUUUCCUUAAAGGAAAUCAUUUUUUAUUUUUCAUCUUCAUUCAAAAAGUUAAGGCAGACGACUGCAAGAUGUCAGGUUUCAGUGCUCUUGACACAUGUUUCCGGUAUAACCUUUCAUUUAAAGUUAUUAAAAAAAUAUUUCACAAUUUUAACGUGUUGACUUGACAAUGUCAGCAUUAACAGAGAAAAUGAGUGAAACAAUUGUUUGUGAUAUUCUUGUUGAAAUAUCAAUUAACCGCGGCCAGUAUGAAUUUAAAUCACGCCAGUUGAAGAAAAAAAACGAGACGUCCGGUGCAGUAUGAGACGAGACAUAUUGCCCUCCUAAUUUAAAAUCAAAAUAACGUUGUUAUUUCACAAUGAAUAUCAUUAUUUUUUGUACAUUGAAAUCAGGCCCAUUUAGAUAACACCUGUUCACUAUACGGCCAUCCAUAAGAAAACCGGUCUACUUUCCAAUGUAAUUUUGCUAGGUAUUUUAUGAUUUAAUCACAAAUAUCACAUGCCUUGUCUGUGCUCCUACCAUAUCAUACCUUGUAAAUAAGUAAACGAUGUAUUUUUCUUUAUUACAAAUAGAGAAUCUAUACGUGAUAUUUAGUGUGAUGUACCCAAGAAGUGCCUGUUGUUGUAUUGAAUGUCUAUCACUGCUUGUUGAAAGUGGAUCAGUUCAAUGUCAACUUCAAAAAUAAUAUGUUAACAUUUUGAGAUAGAAAUGCAAUUAGGGAGCUACCAUUUGAUUAGGCAGGACCGAAUAGAGUGAAAAAGAAAAUGCAGGACAACAUUUUUCAUCCUUGCCCCCCCCCCCCCCCCCCCCCCCCAUAAAAAUCAAAUGGUAGCACCUUUAAGUUUGGCUGCAGUUUAAAUUGACUCCUUUUAAUAAAACUCAUGGGACCGAGACAGAUAUUUUAAGUAAAUUACCUCGAAUUCUCAAACUAAAUGCUUCAAAGAUAUACCCCCCCACAACUCCUACUUCAAGCACAAAGCUGUAUACUUAGAUACAAGAACUCCUUACUUUUGACCUGAAACCGUUUCACUUUCACUGUGUUUAAGUGGUAGCAUUGGGAAAGUUUAAAGUUUGUCACUAUGUGCAAUAUUUAUUAACAUAACCUCAUUAUUCAUUGUUUUUGUCUUGCCAUAUUUUAUUUACAUUUAUUAUGUAGCUGAUGUAUAAUUCUUUAAAAUAAGAAAGUCCCAUUAUUGUUUUGUUGCCAUAUAUAAAUAUUAUAUAUAUGUAUAAACGUAUUUUUGUGCCAAAUGUAAUUUUUUAUUUGUCUUUUUAAUCAUUUUCAGAUAAAUUUACAACUUAACAGAAAUCCAAACGUAUAAGUCAUAAUAUAAUUUAACUUAAAUACUCAUUCAUGCAAAAUAUACAUAUUUUAUGUGAUUAAACACAUUUCAUUGUCGGAGAAUGCAUGAUACAUAGAGAGUCAUUCCAACAUGUCGUUCUAUAAUAGGAUUACUGUCAUUAAGGUACUAGGCUUUAGUUAAAACUCGUGCUGGUUAAUUCGACAUUAAGUACUGUCAAUCAAUCAAUAUCUACAAGAUGAAUCAAAAUAAGUUAUUAUUCUAGUCACAUCUUCUAGGGGAUAAAAAUAGAUGAUGCGCACAAGCAUUAACGCGCAGUAUUACAACCGUGUGUCAUUUAUAAAUCCGGGUAACCCUAGGCAUUCUGUAAAAACGCAAAUUUUAUGACAAAUUAGCUUUUAUGCUUUUAUUUCAAACAAGUAUAGCCUUUUUUUAGCCGUGUGUCAUUUAAACAUCCGGGUAAUCUUAGGCAUUCUGUAAAAAAAAAAUUAUGACAAAUCAGCUUUUAUGGUUUUAUUUCAAACUGUUAUAGCAUCUUUUAUCCAGUUUUAGUAUCUGACGGUUUUAUGUUUGAGUUUCACAUUUUAGUGCUUCCUUUCAUUAUGUUCAAAGAGAGCUAUAAAUGUUUUACACACUUUUAUCAUGUUCUGUUUUUAUAGCACAUUUCACAUAUUCAUGAUGUUCUUACUAUGUUAUACCAUGCUAAUAAACAAAUGAAGACUAAUAA